GCUAGUGUCAUUGAUUGUCCAUUUAUGUGGAAUUAAGCUUUGACCCCGAACAACAACUUGCUCCCCCUAACCACGUACCCAGGCUUAUAUGUAGAACGUCAACUCCACUGCGGUGCAGUCAUGGAUGGAUGAUUUACCUCCAGGCCGGUUUCCUACACGUUCUUCCCCAGAAUCAGCCCACCACGACCCAGCCGACAAGGAGGAAGCAGAAAAGUAAUUUAACACAGUUAUAAAGAAGAGAAAACCAUCAUAGCGAAUCCGUUGGGGCUUAAUUCUUUAGCAGGCCCUACGCAAGGGAUGGCAUCACCCGUAGAAACGGCCGCGGAAGAUGCGUCAAAACCUCAAGUUGCGCCUCCAUCCUCAGAGGCUGGUAGGAGCAAAUGCCGAGCCAAGCAGUCCUGUAUUCCUUGCAGGACUCGCAAGGUCAAGUGCGAUCGAAUAAAACCAUGUCACGCCUGUUGUGUUCGCGGGCUGCCUUCCGAGUGCGAAUACCUUGCCAGCAACGAAGAUCGUUUCCUCAUUACCCAGGCUGACGCCGUUGCGGGCCUAAGGAAAGAAGUUGGGAGGUUAAAACAACAACUGGCGGCUCUUGGCCACGUUCCUGGCUCAGAGCUUGAUACAGUAGAAAAGGAUCGCAGUCAUACGCCAAAUCCAUCGUUACGGAAGAGCCCGUUCGCCAAUUCGGUCCCAUAUGAAAAGUACGCAACUUUAGAAGCAAUUGUUAAUACUAUUGCCACUGCGCCUCCAGAUAUCGUGGCAAAUACAGUUGCCCAAAUCAGAAAGGGCACUUUGCUGGAGGGCAUAACCGUACCUUCCCCGCCGCUACCGAAGCAGCCUUUUUCUCCUGCAGAUUUUCAGAUACUCUCCUCAGAAUCCACCUUUAGUGAUACUCAAAGUGGCGUGCAAGUAUAUGAUGAGGAAUGUAGACAGUUCAAAAAGUCCAAAGCCGGGCUAAAAUGUGAACCCGCCGAUAACGCCUAUAGUGAUGACUCCUCCACGCGCUCCCUGUCGAUCCCUUCAGUCUCCCUUGCAAUGCGUAGAAAACCAGAGAGUGGGGAUAGUUGCUUAAGGACCCUCCCUACACCUGAGAGCAACAAGGCCAGUAACAUUGGUCAGGCUUUUCGGGAAUCUGAAGGCCUUAGUCAAGUACAACCUCCUCCGCGAAAACGGGGACGCGACGCAGCUGCGUUUAUGACCCCUGUUUCACAGAAAAAUUUCUUGAUGGAAGGUUUUCUUAACCGCUUUCUAGACGAUUUCAGCCCGGAAGUCGACGGCGAAACCAUCGGAACGUCGCAAACCAUUCGUUCCGCUGCAGGCAUAAGAAUGUUCUCACCAGUUCUGUCCGAUGCGUUUAAGGCGGUUGCCCUGAGCUAUUUUGGGCACGAGGUCGGUGACCAACGAAUUGAACGGACUGGCUCCCAAAUCCAUGUUUCUGUGCUUCGGAAAUUGCAGGAGGCUAUAUAUAAUAUGCACCAGACCAACUCCCAGGGUAUCCUACUAACUGUUUGCCUUCUCAUGUGUUUCGAAAGUUUUCGACGCACGACAAGUGAAUCUCUGGUGAAUCACGCCUACGGAGCCCUGAAACUUUUGGAGUACCGAGGCCCGCAGAACCAUAUGUUUGGCAUAGAUCAUUCUUGUUUCGCAGAACUUCGACCAUACUGGGUAUCUCUAGCCCUAAUCACCCGAAGACCGACAUUUCUCGCGAGAGAAGAAUGGAAAACUAUACCUUUCUCAGCCGGUUCGUCUUCCAAGGACAUGAUGCACCAUCUCCUAGAUCAAGUGGUGGACAUCCCUUCAUACCUCGCACAAUUUGAUCGGUUCAUGGAAGGUCUCAAUUCGGGCUAUAUAAAUUACGCUGAAGUAGCAGCUACUCAAAGGAUGCUCUGGUCCUGGGUCAGCGACCUUGAUCAGCGACUACGCCAAUGGAAGAAAAAUUGGAUUGAUACAGCUACCGCUCGCCAACCCACCGAAGUAACAAACCAAGGCAGCGACCCAUUUCCUGUAUUCCGCUGCCGCGACCUCACUUCAAUGGAUAUAAUCACCCCAACCACUCUAGUGUAUCCAGACCUACGAAUUGCCCAUACAAUGUGUGUGUACUAUGCUUCCCAUCUCAUCCUUUCAGCAGCCGAUACGAGACCAUCGGCCUCUUUGCAACCUAGAGAGCAAUACGAGUUUGCAUGCAAUAUUUGCCGGAGCAUGGAGUAUUUCAUCCGUAAAAUUCCAGGCAACCUCGUUAAUCGGAUGGCGUUUCCUCUACGUGUUGCCUUCGAUGUAAUGCCAGAGUCGAGCCUUGAGCGAAGGUAUAUUAUCGACAUAUUUCGCUUGGUGAAUGACCGGUACAAGCUCAAACUAUGGGGUACUACAAUCCCGGAAAUAUCGUCUAAACGAAGACUUGGGUGAUAAUAUCCAUUACUUUGCUUUAUUUUCUCCCUUUGGUUUAGCAUGGCGUUUGGGACGGGAUUUUCUUGGUGGUUUGUUUGCUCGUUCUGGAUUAGCGGGGUGGCAUUGGUUGUUCCCUUUGAUUUUAAAUGUUAAUGACCUCUAUAUAUCCCGUUGUGGUGUACGGCUAGCUAAUUCUCAAAUUUUUAAUGUAUAUUUAUAAUGACUCAUGCUUUGCGCCUAUUUUUUUCCCUACCUUCCACUCCACGACAAGGUUAUUUCCCCUCGAAACCUGUCUGGCUGUAGUGUGAUGUGCGAAUGACCGGUUACCCAGAUGGUUGAAACGAUAUUAACUUCGGGGAGGUGAAUUGAGAGUUUGGAACUGGAAUCUCAUAAUUCUCUAUCCCGGAGUGGCUAUUUAUGUAUUUGGUAGGUAUUAAAUAUCGUUCAAUCUAUAUAAGCAUCCUGCAACUGGUUAUCAACUAUCAGCCGAAAACAAAUAGGAAUAAAACUUUGAAUCCGU